ACAAGAUCCCAAAUUCUAUGUCAAAUGACGAAACUAUCCUCACUUCGGAUGCAACCGAAGCGAAAAGCUGAUUGGAGGAAGCAAUAGAAACAGGGAAAGAUCGCACAGAAUUUCAGAAAACAAACCGGACCUUUUGGAAAUCGAAUCAAAUCGAAACCACCCACCCAACCGAAAACCUUCCCACAUCGACACACAAAAAUCAUCUCUCUCUCCCUCUAAACCUUCUUCUUCUUCUUCGUCUUCUUCUACAGACUACAGCUGGGUUUGGGAGAGAGAGAGAGAGAGAAAGAGAGCUCAGCUACUGUCUCUCAUUUUCCCAAUUCUAUCACCAAUUCCAGUCCUUUCAUUCCCAAAAAAGCCCCUUCUUUUUUCUCCAAAUGCCCCUCUCGUCCCCUUGGAGAUAAGGGAGGAACAAAAACAAAAAAGCCCAACACCACCGCCAUCAUGAUCGUCAGGACUUAUGGUCGUCGAAACCGAGGCCUUCCCAGAACUUAUUCGGAUACCCUAAACGACGCCGUUCACGAGGAGGAUUCAUUCAGAGAUUCUUUCUCCUCCCAAGAGGGUGGUUCACAGCAAGAAGGUCUUUACAGCAGCCUCGGGUUCUCUUCCCAGGACUCCACUUCCCAGUGGGCCUCCUUUGAAUCGGACCCGUACGGUCUCGAUUCGUUAUCGCAGGGGUCGUUGCCCAAGAGGGUCUCCUUUGACGAUUCGUUGAACGGCAACGGCGGCGGCGGAGUCGUUAGGAAGUCCAAGAAAGCGAGGAUUGGGAAGAGGGAAUUGGAGGCGCCCAGGAAUCACAAGCCGUCGAUUCAGCCGACCUCGACUCUGAUGGAGGCCCAGGAGUUCGGGGAGAUGAUGGAGCAUGUGGACGAGGUGAAUUUCGCGCUGGACGGGCUCAGGAGGAACCAACCGGUUCGGAUCAGGAGGGCUAGCCUGUUGUCUUUGUUGUCUAUCUGCGGCACGGCACAUCAGAGACGGCUUUUAGGGUCUCAGGGGAUGGCAAAGACAAUUAUUGAUGCUAUUUUGGGUCUUAGCUUUGACGAUUCACCCUGUAAUUUGGCUGCUGCUGCUCUUUUCUAUGUCUUGACAAAUGAUGGUCGAGAUGAUCACCUGUUGGAAUCACCGAAUUGCAUUCGGUUUCUAAUUAGAUUGUUGAAACCAAAUGCCUCUACUGCCUCAGAAGACAAAUUACCAAAAAUAGCUUCUAAGCUUCUAGCACUACGUCCAGGUGCUGACGCCAUGCAAAAGACCACCAAAAAAUUAGAUUCUACUUCUGCUGCGAUUUUUUCCAAGGUUAAUGAAAUUCUUGUAAGUUGCAAGGAAAUAAAACCAACCUGUGGGGAUGAUAGUGUAACAGUAAAGCCUGAGUUAUGCCCAAAAUGGAUUGCUCUGCUGACCAUGGAGAAAGCUUGCCUAUCUACUAUUUCUCUUGAAGAAACCUCUGGUACCGUGAGGAAAACAGGGGGCAAUUUUAAGGAAAAAUUACGAGAGCUUGGAGGUCUUGAUGCUGUUUUUGAGGUCGCUCUGAAUUGUCAUUCAGAUAUGGAGGGUUGCAUGGAAAGUGUCUCACCUUUUACUCGGGAUACAAAAGUUGACAAGGAUAUGCAAAGCCUGACUUUGCUUUUGAAAUGCUUGAAGAUCAUGGAAAACGCAACAUUCUUAAGUAAAGAUAAUCAGAGUCAUUUGCUUGAAAUGAAAGGAAACAAGGAUCGUAUUGGAACCCCUUUAUCUUUCACGGAACUUGUUCUAAGUGCAAUUAAGAUUCUCUCAGCUCUUUAUUUAGUCAAAAAUUCAUCUGAUGCCUCCAAUAAUGAGAACUCUUGUAAUCUCUCUGAUGGCACUGGCACUGCUUCUGAAGUGGCUUGGGCUUUAGGUGCAGACUGCAAAGGGGAAAGCAAAGAGAAUUCAUCCAUUAAUUCUUUUAAGAGGCACUGCACCUCAAAGAAGUUUUCAGCCGAGAAAUGCUCAAGUAUGAGGCAGAACCACCAAUUGGUGUCCAAUGACGAGUUGGAAUACUCUAUAUCUGAAACUACCAGCACCUCCAUUGCAGAUGCAUUUUCAUUGAGGACGAGACUUGAUUCUUCUACAUCUGACUCAUGCAGUGGGACACCGAGGAGUUUACUUAGUGGGUUUCAUGAGAUUAAUAAUGGUUCUAGGAAUAAUGCUGACCUUGGUCAGAGAUGCUACGUUACCGAAGAUGUGAAGCUUGAGCUUUUACAGGAUACACAAGAUCCUUUUGCAUUUGAUGAAGAUGAAUUUGAACUCUCUAAGUGGGAUGUACUAUCUGGAAAGCAAAAAAAAUAUCGGACUCAAAAAGUUGGGUUUACAUAUAGAGAACUUGAGGAUGGUAGUCAGUCUCAGAUGAUAAUGAGCCAGCAAGAAUCGAGUAAUGGGGAAGAUCAUAAUUUGCAUGAAGCUUCCUGUUCAAUAGCUGUUAAUGAAGAGGGUUCCAGUCUUCUUUCCGAUUGCCUUCUCACUGCUGUGAAGGUUCUAAUGAACUUAACGAAUGACAAUCCUGUUGGCUGUCGGCAAAUUGCUGCCUAUGGAGGAUUGGAGACCAUGUCUUCCUUGAUUGCUGGCCACUUUCCUUCAUUCAGCACAUCAUCAUUUUCCUUCAGCGAGAUAAAAGAGAACAAUUCACAUUCCAAACUUGAUCAUCAAAAUGAUAGAUCACUAACUGAUCAAGAGCUAGACUUCCUUGUUGCCAUUUUGGGCCUGCUUGUGAACUUGGUAGAGAAGGAUGGUCAAAACAGAUCAAGGCUUGCAGCACUGAGUGUUCAACUGCCUAACUCGGAAGGGUUUGAAGAUGAGAGUUGCAAAGAUGUAAUUCCACUACUCUGCUCCAUAUUUUUGGCCAACCAAGGAGCAGGCGAGGAAGGUGAAGAAGGAAAAGCAGUGCCAUGGAAUGAUGAGGCAGCCAUGCUACAAGAAGAAAAAGAAGCUGAGAAAAUGAUUGUAGAAGCUUAUGCAGCACUGCUUCUAGCAUUCCUUUCAACUGAAAGUAAGAGCAUACGGGCCACCAUUGCCGACUGUCUACCUGAUCGCAAACUGGCAGUUCUUGUACCUGUAUUGGAAAGAUUUGUGGCAUUUCAUUUGACCUUGAACAUGAUCUCCCCUGAGACUCAUAAAGCUGUGAGCGAAGUAAUUGAAUCAUGUAGGAUACCAUGAGAGAUGUUGUACAGACUCAGCCUUCAUCCCAGACAAAACCGCCAUUAUACAAUUUGGACACAAGCUUGGGUUUUUGGUGCUGCAAACUGUGACAAACUGACCAUAGUCCUGUGUGAUAGUCUGGUUGACUUUUGUUAGGUUUUUUAUUUUAAUUUUUUGGGGCCCUUUUUUUCUUUGUUGCCGUGUUAUUCUUUUGUAGGCCUUUUAUUGUUUUGUUUCGUUUUUGUUUUUGUUCUUUGUUUUUCUCUUGCACCGUUUUGGUGCAGAGAUGCAUGCAUACAAAAAUGAUAGUGAAAUGAAAAUGUUUAGAUUUUAGGCAUUGUCCAUAUAAAUCAAUUAGUAUUUGUAGUUUUCUUGUA